AUUUAAAACUCUCCAAUUUGUUCCAAUUUGGUAGUCCAGUGAAUCUACAAGACAGCUCAACCUGAACCAUAUCAAUAAUGUACCAGUUUAACCGUAACACAUACACCAUGACAUAAGAUGCAACAUGGUAAAAUCCCUGAUAUGGGAAGGGGAAGGGUUCAGCUACGGCGGAUCGAGAACAAGAUUAGGAGACAAGUGACAUUUUCAAAGCGAAGAACCGGUUUGGUUAAGAAAGCUCAAGAGAUCUCAGUGUUAUGUGAUGCUGAUGUUGCUUUGAUUGUCUUCUCCCCAAAAGGCAAGCUCUUUGAGUACUCUGCCGGUUCCAGCAUGGAGAGAAUUCUUGAUCGAUAUGAGAGAUCUUCCUACGCCGGUCAAGAUAUUCCUACACCAAAUUUGGAUUCACAGGGAGAGUGUUCAACAGAAUGUUCAAAGCUCUUGAGGAUGAUUGAUGUCCUGCAAAGAAGCUUAAGGCACUUAAGAGGAGAAGAGGUGGAUGGUCUAAGUAUGAGAGAGCUUCAAGGUCUGGAGAUGCAACUUGAUACUGCCCUCAAGAGAACUCGCUCUAGAAAGGCUGGUGAAAGAGAAGACUUUCAGCCGCAAAACCUCAGCCAUGACUUAGCCUCCUUGGCAACGCCGCCAUGUGAAUCACCGCAUGCGCUUCCCUGGACACAAUCUCCUCCUCCUCCUCCUUUAUCUUCUGGGGAUACAUCACAAAGGAAUGGAGAGGGAGAAGUAGCUGAUGGAACCCUAAUUCGGAGGACGAAUACAACGUUGCCGCAUUGGAUGCCCCGGCUCACCGGAGAAUAAAGGUCCGAAGGCCAUCUUGGUUUGUUAAUUUUCAGUACUUAAUAUAGAGUAAUGGAAUAACUUCUUGGGUUAAGUAGAACCAAUCCGAAUAUAAGAAAUUUUUUCUA